AUGUACUAUGGAAAGUUUAACCCAUCUUUUGCGAGAAGCGCAUACAGAUUGGGUAUACGAAAUUUUCAAACAUUGAACCUCAGAUAUAUAUUUAGUUUUAAUAAUCAUAAAGUGAUGGCUGACGAACGACCAAUCUUUUUCUUCGAUAUUGAUAAUUGUCUAAUUAACGAAGGCAAAAGAGUUUACAAUUACAUGACAGAACUUAUUGACCAAUAUUUUGUGAAACAUCUUGAAUUGACUAAGGAAGAUGCCUGCAAACUUAACCAAGAAUACUACAAGAAUUAUGGUCUUGCAGUGGAAGGCCUGGCAAGACAUCACAAGAUUGAUCCGAUGGAAUAUAACCGUCAAGUGGAUGACGCCUUACCACUUGAAAGUAUCCUAUCUCCAGAUCCCGAAUUACAGAAACUUCUUGAAGACAUAGACAAGUCGAAAGUUAAGCUUUGGUUAUUCACAAAUGCUUACAUAACUCAUGGCCAGAGGGUCGUACGUCUGCUGGGGGUAGAUCAUUUAUUUGAAGGCAUCACUUACUGUGAUUAUAGUGAGCAGAAGCUAACUUGUAAGCCCCACUUGGAAAUGUAUGAAAAAGCAAUGAGGGAGGCAGCUGUAAAAGAUGCUCGAAAGUGUUACUUUGUUGAUGAUUCUGAAUUAAAUUGCAGCAAGGCAGACGAAAUCGGCUGGACAGCAGUACAUUUAUCUGAGGAUGAGGGCCUCCCCCCUCCCCCAAAGCCAUGCAAAUACCAAAUUAGGCAUUUGAAUGAGCUCAGGUGUUUGUUUCCACAGUUUUUUCAUAAUUGA